AUGACAACUCCAAUCCCAGGCCCACCAGGUCUCCCCUUCGUAGGCAACAUCAAUGACCUCGAUCCCGAAGGCUCCAUCGCCAGUCUCUCACGGUUGGCAGAAACAUAUGGCAAGCCCCCUCGCUCCAUCUUCAAGCUCACUCUGGGCGGCAAUGAGCGUCUCUUUAUCUCGACUCACGAACUGAUGGACGAGGUCUGCGAUGAGAAACGCUUUACAAAGAUGGUUUCCGGGGCCUUGGAACAGGUCCGCAAUGGCGUGUCGGACGGCCUCUUUACAGCACAUACGCAUGAGCAUAACUGGGAAGUGGCACAUCGAGUCUUAAUGCCUGCGUUUGGUCCGAUCAAUAUCCGCAGCAUGUUUGACGAGAUGCACGAUGUUGCUUCUCAAUUGGUCGUCAAGUGGGCGAGAUUCGGCCCCAGGCAGAGAAUCAACGUCACGGACGACUUUACGAGGCUGACGCUGGACUCCAUCGCUUUGUGUGCGAUGGACACGCGCUUCAACAGCUUCUACCACGAGGAGCUGAACCCCUUCGUCGACGCUAUGUUGGGAUUACUGCAGGAAUCUGAAGCGAGAUCAAGGAGACCGGCUGUUGCGAACUUUUUCUACCGAUCCGCCCAGCAGAAAUAUGACGCCGAUAUUGCGCUGUUAAAGAGUGUGGCAGCAGAGGUUGUGAAGGAAAGGCGAUCGGCGCCGAAUGACAAGAAGGAUCUGCUCAAUACCAUGAUUAAUGGGCGGGAUCCAAAGACCGGGGAAGGCUUGACAGAGGAGAGGCAUGAGACUACCAGCGGACUGAUAUCCUUCCUCUUUUACUUCCUGGUCAAGAAUCCAGCAGUAUACCAGACGGCCCAACGCCAAGUCGACGAAGUUAUUGGGCGCGGUCCUAUUACCGUGGACCACAUGUCGAAACUCCCGUACAUCGAAGCAUGUUUGCGGGAGACCUUGAGACUCACCCCAACUGCGCCGGCCUUCACGCUGCAGGCUCGAACAGAUACUCCUGACGAGCAUCUAAUCCUCGGCGGAAAAUACGAGAUCAAGAAGGGCCAGUCUAUCGUCGCUCUACUUGGAAAGAUCCACACAGACCCCGCGGUCUUUGGGGAGGACGCACAGUCAUUCAAACCAGAAAGGAUGCUCGCCGAAGAGUUCUCCAAGUUACCGAAGAAUGCAUGGAAGCCAUUCGGAAACGGCUUGCGUAGCUGUAUUGGUCGCCCAUUUGCAUGGCAAGAGGUAAUUCUGACUACUGCGAUGCUCCUCCAAACAUUCAAUUUCAGAUUCGAGGAUCCGAGCUACCAGCUCGCAAUUAAACAGACUCUUACGCUCAAACCAAAGGACUUGUUCAUGCACGCUUCUCUCCGUGAGCACAUUGAUGCCAUGCACAUUGAGAAAAUGCUUCACGUGCAGUCGUCGAUGCAGAGCCUUUCAACAGAGAAGAAUGUAAAGAUGCAUCAGGCAUCGGCAGCGGCUCGACCAAAGAAACCCAUGUCGAUUCUGUACGGAUCGAAUGCUGGGACCUGUGAAGCGCUCGCCCAAAGUUUAGCAAGAGCUGCUUCUGGGCGCGGAUACGCCGCGCAAGUUGAGCCCUUGGACAGCGCGGUUGAUCGGGUGCCCAAGGCUCAGCCCGUCGUGCUCAUCUCGUCUAGUUAUGAAGGGCAGCCUCCAGACAAUGCAGCACACUUCUUUGAGUGGCUGCAGAGCUUGGAGGGGAAUGAUAAGCUGAAGGGGGUAAAGUAUGCUGUGUUUGGAUGUGGCAAUCAUGAUUGGGUCUCUACCUUCCAUCGGGUCCCCAAACUGCUGAAUUCUGGAUUCGAAGAAAAUGGUGCGUCUAAGAUCACCGAGAUGGGACUUGGUGAUGUUGCGGCUGGUGACAUUUUCAAUGAUUUCGACAAAUGGCAAGAUGAGUACCUGUGGUCUGCUCUCGGAGGCGAUGCAGAAGCCGAGGAGGAGACCAGCUUGGAGCUUGAAAUUGACACCGGAAAUAGAAGUUCCAGGUUACGGCAGGAUGUGAAGGAGGCAGUGGUUCUGAGCAACGAAAUCUUGACCAAGCCCGGAGUUCCGGAGAAGCGACACAUUACUUUAAACUUACCUACUGGAAUGACUUACAAGGCUGGCGACUACAUUGCUGUCCUUCCGAUGAAUAAUGCUAGUACCGUCCGCCGGGUUUUGAAAUGGGCGCACUUGCCCUGGGAUACGAUGUUGACGAUCAAGAGCGGAGCGAGCACUACGUUGCCAACAGGGCAUCCAAUUUCGGCCAUGGACGUCUUGACAAUGUAUGUCGAGCUCAGUCAGCCUGCAACUCGCAAGAACAUCGCUCGAAUUGCCGCAUCCUCCCCUGACGAAGCCGUACGUGCCAAGAUCCUCGAUCUCGCCGCGAAAGACUUCGAAGAGGAAAUCCUUAACAAGCGAAAAUCGCCACUCGAUAUCCUUGAAGAAUACCCUUCGGCCGUACUUCCAUUGGGGGACUUCCUUGCCAUGCUUCCACCUAUGCGCAUCCGCCAAUACUCCAUCUCCUCGUCGCCACUUGCCGACCCAACAAUCGCUACAUUGACUUGGGCAGUGUUGGACACUCCAUCCAAGGCAGCAGGCGGUAAGCGCUUCUUGGGCGUGGCUUCGAACUACAUGUCUGGCCUGGAAGAAGGCGAUCGAAUCCAUGUUGCUGUCAAGCCCAGCCAUGGCCUCUUCCACCCACCCGCGGAUCUGGAGGGUACGCCUGUCAUCAUGUUCUGCGCAGGAACGGGUCUCGCCCCAUUCCGAGGCUUUGUCCAAGAACGGGCGAUACAAUUCCAAGGUGGUCGGAAACUCGCCCCCGCGUAUCUGUUUAUCGGCUGUGCCCACCCAGAGAAAGACUGCCUAUUCAGCGAAGAACUUAGGCAUUGGGAGGAAGCUGGAGUAGUCAAGACUUUCUACGCGUACUCUCAGUGCAGCGAGAGCAGCAAAGGGUGUCGGUAUGUCCAAGAUCGGUUGUGGGAGGAGAGGGUGGAAAUGGUAAAAGCCUUUGAGGAGGGCGCGAAACUGUUCGUUUGCGGCAGUAGUCGAGUCGGAGAGGGAGUUGCAGCGAUGACAAAGAAGAUUUACAUGGAAGCUGCUGAGGCUCUGGGUAAGCCGAAGACAGAUGAGGAGGUUGAGCAGUGGUGGGCGGGAAUCAAGGGUGAGAGAUCACGUCGCGAAGCUUUUCAUGCCGAAAACUCAAUUUAUUAUUACCAUCGUAUCUCAAACCACAUCCGCACGCAGAUAGAUAACCAUGCCGGCGUGUACCGGUAUCCACGCAUUCACGCAUCGCCAACCACGACUGCGGUCCACGACCGAAGUCCAAGGGGCAGGCGCGGCUAUAUCAUGAGUAGCGGCCGCGGUGACAACCACGGCCAUGGACGCGACUUGAAGAUCAAGGCUUCACUCGAAGCCAUUUCGCUUGCGAGAGCCACUACAGACGGAUUGUCGUGGUCUCGAAGGCCUCCCAGGAGACUGUCCCGGGCUCGAAGUGGUCCGUUACAAAGAAUGAGAUCCUGCUCGAGAUGUGUGAGGAUCAGCUGGCGCGCGAGUAACAUGAUCCCGUGGCUGUGGUCCCAUGGCCGACUCUCUGGGAGGCCAUCUCCUCCCGGCUGGGGGACGUCGGGUACCGUCGAUCGCCGCAGGCCUGUGCUGAUUGCUGGUGCCGAGUCAAGAGGCUUAAGAAGAGGGCUGUUCCUAAGGAGGAUGCUGCUGGCGUGUGAAAUGGAUAAAGGCCAACACCAAUUGUCCUCAAAUACCUCUCCUGGGUCAAAUUUCAACGAGUCUCUCGAUGCACCUACUCCCACUGGCAGCUUGAAGCGGAAGCCCUCUAGACUCGACUGUAGAGAAAGUACCCUCUCCAUCUGCGAAGAUAAUAUCGGAGUACAGGCUCGAGAUGAUCAUCCAUCCAAGAGGAUACGUCUAGAGCCCGAGUAUGCUCGGCAUUGUUCUGGGGAAGCUCGAACACACGUUUCGUCGUCUUCGGCACGAAUGUUGCCUAUCCAGUCUGACCGUCCGGAAGACGGAGAAUUUGGGCAGUCUAUUGGCUCGCCGACUGACGCCUCACGCAACUCCUCGAGGGCCGAUUCCUCGGAAAGUCGAGAGACUGCAGCCACUUCCACUUCGUCACACGGGACCGUCGUCUCUUCUUUUUCUGCGGCCGACAAGCCGGGUGGUUCUGCCCUGCCAAUCCCCGACCAGGCACUUAGCUCCGAGGAAAUCACAUCUGAGAAGGAGCCUGAUCUUCAGCAUUCGAUGGUGAAUGAAUUGCCUUCAUUCCAGGCACCUGUCUCAGGGGCAUUGGGGCACCCGGUCAACACCGGGCCUCGCCUCCUAUCGAAUACGUCGAUACCCACCGUAAUGAGUGCAGGUCCAUCUGUGAAUCCACCACCCCUUUCCCAGACUUCUGGUCCCUCACUUGCAAGCGAAUCUACUCCUGGCAGCGAAAGAGAAGUAAUCUCACGUAAGGCCAACACAUACCAAGCGCAGAUCGACAGCUUGAAUCGCGACGUCACAGCACGUCUACAAAACAUCUGCCAUAUUGACCAACGCGUAGAAGCGAUUACGAAGAAGCAAAGGGAUCUGCACCAUGAGAGGGAUGAGCUGAUCAGGCAGACGAUAAUGGAGAUUGAAGCUAGCAAAGACGUGGAGCUAGAAGCUAUGGAAAGGAGCAGCGAUGAGCUAAAGAAGAGAAAGAAGUCUUUUGGGCAUAUUCAGGCGCUCAUUAAUGGCAUGACGAGCCGAAUAGAAUCGAACGCCUCCGCAGAAACGGCGGCUCAAGUUAAACCAUUCCCGCGUCGAGGCCCGCUUCGCGUCGUGGUACUCGACCCCCACGGAACUCGUGACGUGGAUGCCGGCAUAGGCCAACUCCUCCUCGGAAGAGUUCAUCGUGUCUCCCAUUCCCGGCGUCGUCAGCCUCAGCUGGCUGGGCCCCUUGCUGGCCGAGAUCCGACACAUGCUCGUCGUGGCGAGGAAGCGGCCCUUGCUCUGCGGGCGGCCGGUCAGGUUCGCCAUGAUGUGGUUCCCGUUGUGGUCGGCCGAGCUUUGCUUGCUCCCGGUCCUGCCUGCGGUGGCGCCGCGACUGGUGGCGAAGAAAAUCUUGAGGGAGGGUACGUUGGCGGCCAUGAUGGCGACCUCGAGCUCGAUGCAGGAGACGAUGAUGAUCUUGCCGAGGGAGUGCGUGAAGUCGGUGAACUUCUGGAACUCGAGGAGGACAGUGAGGCGCAGGACGGAGAUGACGACGACGAUGCCGCCCAGGGAGAUGAUGGAGAGGAGCUGCAGCCGCUUGCGCAAGGAGAGCUGGACCAUCCAGAGGGGCUUGAUAGGGAGGACGAGGAUCACGAUGUCCAUGAAGAUGUUCUGGCCGUUUUCAAGAAUCGUUAG